AGUAUGGCAGCAAACGGACGAGGCUCUAUGCGAGCUCAAAGUCGGUCACCUCCAUUCUUAGUUAUUGGCCUUUUGGUAGCAUUAGUUAUCCUAGGGGCAAAUUACUGGAAUCUCUCUUCCAGCAACAGCAAGUUGUCGUUCGAGGUAGCUGAACUUCAAGAUCAAGUUCGACAAAUUUCUGCGAAACGAAUAAGCGCUGAAAAGAAGAUAGAUUCCAUGGCAGAGAGCUACAACCGAAACAAAGAGACUUUAGCACAGAAAGAGAGCGAUGUUAAAUCUCUAAACAGUCAAAUAGGGGACAAGGUGGAAGAACUACAGUCUUUGGGCAAAGAAAGGGAGUCCUGUCAGAAUAAUUUGAAAAAUUGUGAAGAGAACAGUAAUGGAAUACAGCAAGAAUUACAGAAAGUGAAAGAGGAAGUUGAGCAGCUAAGAAAGAAAGAACAAGAAGUAGAAUCCAACACUCCAAAUUGUGACAGUGUUUGUGCUGAUAUGAGAAAAAUGAUCAUUGGUGCUGUUGAGAAAACGAUGGGCAUCAAUGCUGUACAAACCCUUCACCUAGCUGGUGUAGAUGUGGGUGAAUAUAAGGACAAGUUUGGUGGGUCAAGGUCGCAAAACCAGGCAGAACAACCUCAAAAUCCAGUCGGUGGUGAAGUGAAAGAUGCACAGAUGCCAGUUCAGACUCAAGGGGGUGAGAAAUCGGAAAACUCUGUGAACAAUCAGCCUGGUCAGGUGGUAGCUGAUCCCAAACAACCUGCUGAAACAAAUGCUUUACCACAGGGUCAGGUUAACCCCAAGGUUGAUGUGCUUCCAGUUGCUCAGGGUCAGGCCCAGUCGAAUCCCAACCUUAAACCCCAAAAUUCAGACCAAGCUGCAGCUAAUCCUGUUCAAAAUGCUAAUCUUCCUGAUAAACAAAAUGAGGCAAAUAUUAUUCCUCCAGGCCAGUCCAACCCUGAUAUUCCCAACCCUCAAGUGAAUCACCAAGUUCCACCCCCAGACAACCAACCCCAGGAACAGGGACAGCAGCAAGUUCCAGGUAACCCUGACAACAACCCUGAUGCAGAUGCUGAUGAUCAGGUACAGCAACCUGGUCAGGUGGGGGCUAAUGUAACUAAAUCAAUUCCAAACAUAGCAGACACUCUUCAUAAAAAUGUUCUUAAUCCAAUCAUUUCAAAUACUUCUCUCUCUGGGUUAGGUGACUUUGGUAAAUCACUUUCCUUAAAGGCUGCAGAAAUUGCAAAACAGCACUUGCAGGGAAAUCUAGAUCAGCUUAAAAAAAGAAUUAUUGGUAAAACUCUAGACCAGGUCAAUCCGAAAGUAUCAGAUCAAGAUCAGUCAGAUAGAAAGACCGAAGGUCAAGGUCAGGGAGACAAAAAGACAUUGGGUCAAGGUCAGGCAAAUCUAGAUCCAAGAGAAGCAGGAAAAGAGGAAGUGUCAGCUGAAGUCAAGCCAGCUGAGGUCAAGCCUGUUGAGACCAUUGAUAAGGUGGUAGAAAUAAACAAGGCUAAGUUAACCACAAAAUCAAAAGGCAUACCUCAGAGCAUGGCAAAUCAACAGAAGAAGGACAAAGAUAACUAUGAUGAUGACUAUGAUGGAGAAGAUGAAAAAAGGAUGGGUCAAAAGGGUGACGGCAAAGUGCUGGAGGACAACUAUGAUGACGACACUGAUGGUGGAGAUGAAAAGUUGAAGUUUGUUCCUGGAAAAGGAAAAGCUGACGAUGUUAAGACAGCAGAUGACAGUAUCGACACUCUCAAGAAGAAAAUGCAAUUUCAGGAUCAACAAAAAUAAUCAGUUGUUUUAAAAUAUUCCAUUUCAUGAUUGUGAUAAUACACAAAUAUAAAGUUGUGAUAUUCUAAAAUGAGAAAGAAAAAUAUUUAGAAAUGCAAAAUAUCAAGGAUGAAUUCAUCCUCAGUAAUAUUUUUACCGUAUUAUAUCCUGAAAAAUUGAGAAAAAUCUCAAUGUGGAUGUCGUAUUCUUCAAAAUUAUAGUAGUUCUCCUUUGGGUUGGUUGAAAGAAUGCUUAAUAAGUCCCUUAAAAGAUUCCUAUUAAAUGAAUUCCUACAGCAGUAUUCUUCAAAUAUACAAAUUUCAAUACCUUUUUAACUAACAAUAUACAAAUUUCAAUAUCUUUUUAACUAAAAAAUAUAAAAGAAAACAAAAUUCAGAACAUUUUGUUUUACCUGUGUUUCUACAUCCUUGACAUCGAACAAUUCAUGUGUAUAAUAUUUUGAUUUCAUUUAUUUGUUAACAGUUUGUUAUCACAACUGACAGUAAAUUUAAGUGGUUUAACCUCCUAAAGCAUUCUUUUCAUCAAUAAGAUGUAGUGUCAUUUAUUCAUUUUAUCACAGUUACAAACUGUUGAUUUUAAUAAUAGAGCGGUGUACAGACAAAAAAAUAUCAUGCCAUUCCUAUUUGUUUUUCUCCGCGAAAUUCCUGUUAAAUUCAUAAUAUUUUGACUUAAAUGCCAUUAUUUGAUUAGUACUAAUGGCCAUAAAAAGUUUGACAGAAGUAAGUCUUGUCAAUUUUGAUGAUCUCUUUGUGCUCGGUUGACAUGAAGUUGGUACAUACAAUGAACCAGCAGCCUUUUUUACCUUUGAAAGAAUAGGGAGAAACAAUUACCCACAUUAUAUGACUAGUUCCACUAUUUUCCGGGACUUAUACCUGUUGUGCUUUUGUUAACUUAUCAGAUAAGUUCUGACUUUCUCUCUGCAAUAUUAACUCUUUUUUUUUUCUUGGUCACUUUCGAUAAUGAUAAUGAAAAAAACCGAAAAAACUAAAUUGUGGAUAAAUCGUCAGCACUAUCAGGACUGAUGUUUAUAUACAUCUAAAUAUAUAAUAGACAUAAUUUUUUUGUGUAUAAUUUGAAUUUUAAAUGUGUUGAAUUUUGUGGUUUUUGUAAUUUUAUGUGUGUGUGUUCAUAUUGCUGAAUGAUUGUGGUCUAUAUAUACAACAAGAGAUUUUGAUUGGAAGGUGACAUACAUUGUAAGCAGCUUCUCUGAUCUGAGAUAAUUUUAAAUGCAAUAUGUAAGUAUACACACAGUGGGUUUACAUAGUUGUUAAGUAUGUUUUAUCAAUUUUCUUGUGGGCACUCCUUUGGUGAAAACAGAUUUUUUUAUUUAGAAUAUGAAUUUGACAUCUAAUGUAUUUAAAUAGAUGUUUUUUUUAACUUAAAACGCUAUCAUUCACAUGCUUGGGGCUUUCUGCUCAUUCUCUUUCAACCUCGUUCAACGUGCAGUGAAAAUAUUGGCUGCAUAGGUUACUCUAAAAAAUUGCAAAAAUGAUCAUAUUUACAUUGGGAAUCAUGUCAUUUACUGUAAACUUUACAAAAUUAAGUAAAAAGAAAAAAAAAUGUUUUUGAUUUGUUAUUUGCAGACAGAAAUUAGACUCCUGUAAUAACAUCAAAACAAUGUACAAUGAAUCCCAUCAUUAUUCAAUGAAAUUGAAGUUUUGUUCACUUGUUUCAUAUCAAUUUUAUUCUGUUUUCUAUGGUGUGAAAAGGAUGGCUGUACCUGGCUUUUUGUUAUUUCAAGUUAGGUGAAAACAUUUUUAAAUGCAGUUACAUAUUGAAUAAUGUUUGGAAUGCUUCUACUGAAUAUUGUAUCUUUGAGAAAUUGAUUCAGAUUUGUGAGCAAAUGUUGCCAUCAAUAUAUACUGUUUUUUUUUAGUUCCUACUUUCAUAUACAUACAAGUGAGAAUAUUAGCCCCUGAUUCUGUGUAAUAUAUGUGAAUGAUGUUUCUACAGAGCCUUGAAGCUUGAGUCAGUUUUAUCUUACUUCCUAAUGCUUGAUGCAUAUGUGUUUAGACAAGGAUCUAAACCUGGAGUGUAAAUUUAAUGAAAGGCAUGUAAAGUGUUUGGUAGCUUAAAAAUCUUAUCCCGAGGGUCAUGAUUCUCCUUUCUUAUCUCAAAGAGGGGAAAUUUUUAUUUUCCUUUUUCCUGUUUGAUGUCCAUUUAUGGAGGUUGUUACCUCUAUGCUAUGCAUGUUGAUGUGAUAUUGAAUAUGAUGUGAGGUAAUAAAAUUGCUACGACUUAGCAUUUUCCCUGUCCCUACCCUAGCAAAAUAUUAACCAUAUGUAGUUAUGCAAGAUAAGAAUAUUUUACCUGAGGAUAAAGAAUACCUGAGGAUAUAGAAUUUAGAUUAGAACUCUGGCUUUGCUGAAGUUAUAUAACUUCAAUUUAUAUCCCAGGGUCGAAAAUCCAUUAGAUAACUAUGUCUUUUUUUUUACUCAUGCUCACCUCUUUCAUAAAAAUAUGAUAAAUAGUGUUUUUGAAGCAACUACAACUAUAGAACAAGUUAUAGGUCAAAUAAACUUAAGCCAUAUUUGGAAAGAUCAGAAAAGUGUACUGAAAAGUAUACAAUAUAUCUAAAUCUGAAAAACCACAACAAAAUCUUCAUAACAAGUUUUUGUAAUGAUUUAAAGUAUUUUGUUCAUGAUCGUCAUGGCAGGAAUGUGAUAUUUUGAAGGGCUUUCGAUUUUGACAUGUUGUUGUCACAUUGUGAUGUCAUAAGAUUAAAGGCCACUUUGUGUGCUCAAGUGGGAUUAAUAAAACCCUUUACACCUUUGGGGGUGAGAUUGGGGGAUCUCACCUUGAUGGGGAAGGUUACUUAGUUGGCAAAGACAGAAUCUAUCGAAUUGUAUGCAACACAAUAAUCUGUCCCUAAAGGAUGAGAGUUCUCUCUUUUACAACACAGGAGUGAAUGUUCAUUAUUCUCUUACCUGCUUGCCAUCUUUUAUCUGUGUUGUUGUUACCCCAAUGCUUUGUUGAAGUCACAUCAUAGUUGUAAAAAGAGAAUCUAAUCUCCUAAACAUGAGGGAAAGACGGGGAAAUUUCGGAUACACCUGUCUGAGUAAGAAUUAUCCCACGAGGAAGUUCCACAUCAAAUAUGUUUAUCAUUUACAUAUGUAGAGGAUUGGAGAAGAAUAUAUCUCACCUAGGGAAAAGUGUGAAUCUAUGUGUUCGGGGCAAGAGAAAUAGUGUACCAUGGUUGUCUGAUAUUUUUAGAAAUUUGUGUUAUUUGUAUUAAGAUGGAGAACAGAUGUUCUGUUUGUAAAUGAUCUCUGUCUUCGAUUUAAAUGUUCGGAAAACUCCAAGUGUGAACCAAGCAACAACAUUCCAAACUGUUGUACAUUUAAGAUGUGACCUUUGGUCACUUAAUCUGUGUUAUUUAAGGUCAGCAGCCUUCCCACUUUCACAGUGAUUUGGUAGCAAUAUAGAUAUGUAUUAUAGUCUGGGAAAAGUAGGUUUCAAUAACAAUGAUACCUCUUUCAUAAAUCUGGAUACUGUCCUAUUCUGGACUUAACUCCAUGAUAAUGGUCACUAUAGCAGUAACCAUAAUUAAUUCUGAAAAUUUUUGGUGCUGCAUGACGACGAUGAAAAGUUACUGUAAUAUGCAGAUUAGUGUACAUAUCAGACUGAAUUUGUGAGUUGCAGAUUGUGAAUUUAUUCAAACAAUUGGACUUUUGUAUUCCUGAUCGUGAUUAUUGUAUAUGCUGUCAAGAUUUCAUUACCCAACUCCUGUAAAUCUAAAUAGAUGUAAAUUAGCUAUCUGCUUGAGAAGUUGAUGAACAAAUUAUUUUUGAAUAUUUAUUGAACACUUGGGCAUGAAAUAAAUUCAUUUUCUCGUAACUCAGUGAUAUUUCUUGAGGUCAUCCAGUCUUCUAUGGUGUAUGUAAUUCUUUAUAAAAAUCAUACUUAUGAGAUGUUAACAAAAUACAUGCCCAAUAAAUCAUUUGCCAUUUUCUUUGGUGCCAAGAUUACAUAUUAUGUAUUGUAAAAUAUCUCCUUAUGUAUACUGUCAUAACUUUUACUAACAGUUAUUAGUAAAUUACAUAUUCCUUGAAAAGAUUUUUAUGACUUAACAAUUUUACAUCAAUAAGCAUUUACUGAUAACAUACAUAUUUCAGUGGUAAUCUUAUUUUAGCACUUUUUGCUCUGAAGUAUUGCGCUUAAAUAUGGAACACUAAUUCCAGUUUCUGUAUGUUGUUUACAUAGCAAUCAUUGUAGAUGGGCAAAUUGAUCAUUAUAUAAGUUUCCCAGAAAGUGUUCAUGCAUUGAAAUUGGAUUGCCCAAAAUGAAGUACAUUUACAGUAUCAAACCUAAUAUUGUGAUAUAAAAUCACUGCUAAUGCAAUGCUUACAGUCUUCUUUGAAGCUAGAAACUAUAAAUGAAUCUUAUUUCUGGUCUGUUGUGUCAAUACUGCUUUUAACGCCUUAACAUUUAGGUAAAUAUAGAGAGUGUGAAGUAUUGAGAAUGAGAUCUCGGACUAUUUAGGAGGUCAGUAUCAAUAACAUCAUAAAAACAAAACAACAAUCAUAUAAUUCACAUAAUACUAUCGGUGAACUAUAAAAUAUUUUCUUUUUUUUCAAAGAUGUAUUUCAUAAAUAACUCCUUCUUGGGGAUGAAAUAAAACAUGACCAGAUAUCUGUUAUAAAUCAAUUUAUUUCAACUUGUCAUUAGGACCAGAGAUCAAAUAUAUAUACAUAUGAGAACUUGGUACUCAACUGUAUUGGGAAGUUUUAUGAUUAUUUUUUAUGUAGCUUCAGAAAGCAAUUUCUUUUUGCAAAAAUCUUUAUCGAUGUAUAUCAGUAUCUUCAUUUUCUAUUUAGAUGAAAAAAUCCUUUCUAGAAACCAUUUACUUGCAGAAAAGUACCUGUAUACAUCAAGUACUUGUUUAAAAUGGGCACUGUAUAAUGGUUCAGUUAAAUGUCUACAACUGUAGACAUAUGCUCAGAUACAUGACUUAUGUAUUUGGUCCUCAUUUUAUUAUAUGUGUUUUGAAAAUCAUAUUUAUAAACUGUGAGAGAUAUAGUGAUUGUAUUAUAGAAAUCCUGGAGGUCAAUUAAAAGUGAAAAGGUGAUAA